UAAUAAUUCGGUCGCCUGGAUCGCGCCGUUCUUCAGUUGGCGGUCGGCUGAGUAGAAUCAAGGAGUCGGAGGGAAAAGAGCAGGGGAAAGCUCGUUGGAAUAGCUUCGGCUUGUGAUGGAAGGAGAGGAGCUGACUGCUCAACAGACGGCACUAUACGAUCGGCAGAUUCGAGUAUGGGGCGUCGAUGCGCAGAAACGGCUAAGCAAGGCCAAUGUGCUGGUUAGUGGGCUGAAUGGGACGGUUGCUGAGUUCUGCAAGAACAUUGUUCUUGCCGGAAUUGGAAGCUUGACCCUGAUGGAUGAUCGCUUGGUUAAUGAGGAUGCCAUUCAUGCCAACUUUUUUUUUACUCCUGAGGAGGCUAAACAUUCAAGGAGUUCCCUCGCUGAAGUUUACUGUAAUUCCUUGAGAGAAUUCAAUCCUAUGGUUCAUGUUUCAGUUGAAAAAGGUGAUUUACAUCAUUUUGACGGAGCUUUCUUUGACAAGUUUGAUGUUUUAGUUAUUAGCUGCUGCUCUCUUAAAGAUAAGAAAGUAAUUAACAACAAAUGUCGACAACGGAAAAAGCGAAUUGCAUUUUACACAGUUGAAUGUAGGGAUUCAUGCGGUGAAAUUUUUAUCGACCUGCAGAGCUACUCGUAUGCACAGAAGAAAUCUAAUGGCACUGUUGAGUGUCAUCUGGAGUAUCCAAGUCUGGAGGAGGCAAUUUUAACUCCAUGGAGGGAUCUUCCCAGGAAAACAACCAAAACUUACUUUGCUAUGAGAGUUCUUGAAUAUUUUGAGUCAUCACAAAACCGUAAGCCUUGUCAGACAUCGGGCUCUGAUCUUCCUCUUGUGUUGCAGUUGAGAAAGAAUCUUUGUGAUGCACAGGGACUCGAUGAAUCGCAUAUCCCAGACCUCUUAUUGGAUCGACUCGUUGCAGCUGGUUCCAGAGAGCAUCCUCCUGUAUGUGCCAUCCUGGGUGGAAUUCUUGGCCAGGAAGUCAUCAAGGCAAUCUCUGGCAAGGGCGAUCCUAUCAAAAACUUCUUUUACUUCGACGCUGCAGAUGGAAAAGGCAUUAUGGAAGAGAUAUCUCCUGCAUCUUUUAGCUGACACUGUACUUACAUUUUUGUAUCGGCCGAGUUGCCAAACAAGUCUGCAAGACAAUUUUAAUAUUUACAUUCUUGUCUGAAAUGAUAUUUGUAUGUUUUCUAUUAGGUCUCUUGUUGCAGAAAUGCCAACUUUCAUCUGACUUUGCUUCUCUUAAUUAAACCACCCCUUAAUGCCUAAAUUCAUGCAUG